CUCACCGCUGCCAUGGCCAGCAACGACAACGCCAGCUUUUCUCCACCGUUGGAUCGUGUGCCCGGCGACGUUCUCAUCGAAAUCGCAACUUAUCUGCCCUGCCCCGCAGAGAUCCUUCAUCUUUGUCUUGUCUCUCCGCAAGUCUUACAAUAUGUCAUUCCAGUUCUUUACAGCCAUGUCACCCUGCGCGGCGUCGAACAAUGCUGCACCACUCUCGAGAUGCUCUUCAACAAUCCCGAGCGCGCACGACACGUUCGCACCCUCUCCGUCUCUCCCGAUCCGGUACCACUCGUGCCGCGAAGUAGUCGUUAUUCGCUCGAGGACGGGUAUAAAGUUAGUGCGGCGGUGAGGAGGGCUGCUGUCAAUCUGGAGGUGCUACAGAGGUUCCAGUGGGAUGGGGAGGAGUUGGCACCUAACGAUGAUAUGUGGUUCGCGUUGAGGCUGUACUGCACUCGAUUAAGAUACGUCGAAACGAGUUUGGGGUGUGUGCAGCCUUCUCCGAAGAGUCAUCUAUACGACUUCAGCAACCUCACUGGCUUUGCGCUGACAUUCAAGUCCGGCUUCUAUGCUCAACACUGGGCGCUCUCACGAGAGGACCCAGUACCAGGCUACAAACGCCUCUGGGAGAUGCUCAUCAACCGUUGUCCAAACCUCCAAGAACUCUCCUUCGACGGUGUUUCAGCCGCCAACCCCGUCGACGCCCAUCGCCUCACCCGAGGUCGCUGGCCCCACCUCCGGAAACUUCUCCUCGGCGACAUCGUCCUCGACUGGCACUCCGCCAUCAACCCGAACGUCAAACGCCCAUUCAUCACCUUCCUCGAGGAACACAAACAACUUCAAGAAAUUCACCUGCUUGGGUACCAACCCAGCGUUUCGGCACCAGAUAUCAUCCGUGCGGUACAUCGAGAAGCCUUGCCUCGCGUGACGAACUUCAGUGGGACGUUGGAGCAGGUACAGGCGCUGCCGUAUAAAGGGGCGCUCAAGGCGCUGAAGCUGAUCGAGCCAAUAUCACUGCGGGAGAGCACGCCGUUGACGGUGUCGGGUGUGUUGCAGGAGUUGGGCUCGUUGAAGGAAUUGACGAUCUCGUUUGCUUUGGAGCAUGGGUAUGAUAAUGGGGGGAUGUUGCGCAUGUUGGUCGCUGUCUGUCCGAACUUGAAACACCUGGACCUGACAUGCGCGUGCAAGCCUUCUUUCACACUGGAUGCAUUCACACGGACCAUCCGCCCGCUCUGCAAGCUUACCUCUCUUAACCUCCGAAUCAUCAAAUCUCCCAAAGAAGAAUCCUUCUCCACCUGCGGCACCCGUCUCGCACGCUCAAACCCCCGUCUUCGCACCUUCUCCCUCAACUUCAUCGCGCCCACCCCAUUCCCGCCCCGUCGCGAAGCCCCCAUCACGAACAUCCAAAGCGCGUCCUACGAGCUCGUCUCGGACCAUCACGGUUUACCCUCCGCAUUACUCGUGUGCGAGAGGUCGCGGAAACCUUGGUAUCGGUCUGGUGGGGGUAUUGGUGGACUCGGAGGAGGACGGGGGCGGGACGACGUGAAGCGGUAUAGCGUCGAGAUGAAACCGAAUGGUGAUCCGGAGAAGAGGAAGAGUGGAUGGGGAGGGUUGAUCAGGGAGCAGACGAAGGCGGGGGAGGAGAUCAGGUGUAUUUUGUAUUGUGUGACGUUGGCGGUGGUGGCUGUGGGGAGUUUUACGAUGCUUUGAUUUUCUUUUUCUCUUCCUUUUCCCUUAUCAUUCUUUUCCUAUCUAUUUCUUUCCUGUAGGUAUAGUAGAGACGUGCAUUAUCUAUCUCCUUUUGUACAGUAUUCCAUAGAGUCCCCCACCCGCCCCUCGAUCCCGUCAUGGCAGCCUUUUCUCUGGAUUUUCUUCUUCGUCGUCCUCGUCCUCGUUGUUUAUAGCUAUCCUCCUGUGGAUAUUGCUGUUGUAGAAUCACUUGAUACCUCGUAAGUAUUAUUCGUCACGCUCUC